UUUUGACCAAUGAUAUACGUCGAAAAAUAAGCUCCGCCCGCCAUUACGUACCUCGGACAAGACUCGGACAUUACCGCCAUGUUGUGUACGAUUAGUACAGUGAUGUUUACAUUGUUUUCAACGUGAAAAUAGAUCUAUUCUGAAGAGAAAAUGGUGAAACAUUGUUCAUUUGGAACGUGCAAUUCGGACAGUCGAUAUAAAGACAAGCUUAACGGUGCCAAGUUUAUACCGUUUCCUAAACCAAAGACGAACUUGCACAAGUGUAUGCGAUGGAUUGCGUUAUGUCAUAGGCCGCAGCAUCAGCUAAAUGUCAACAAAAUUACAAAAGAUACGUAUAUAUGUACUAAGCAUUUCUUCAAUAUUGAUGGGCCAACAGCAGAGUACCCAGACCCAUGUGAUGCAAAAACAGGGGAAUUUAAGAAGGCGAGACAUCCUCCAUCCCGUCAGCCUCUCGGUGCAUUUAGUGGAAAUGCUACUUCCAGUAAUGUACUGUCAUUUAGGUAA